CCUCGUGAACCCCUCCGACGUCAUAAAUGAUAAAAUGGGAUCUCUUUCCGAACGGUCUCACAUGGUAUGCUAUCCACUCCCUUACCCUUUGGGGGCUCAAGUUCCCGUACAGCGGAGACCCACAAUGCAGGUAGCCGUAUUUGGGUUCCGUCGCGAACAUUGGAAAUAUUCAAGCUUCCGGGUGGCUACAUUUGGAGUCAGUUCUUCCUCUUCAGUUAGCAAUGCUGUUAGCACCAGUGGUGCCACUACUAGCUUGUUUGGUUUUGGUUGGCAAGCUGCUAAGGCUCUUAUCUUCAAUUCGACUUUUAAUUAUACAUCAUUUCCAUCGGGGUUUUCCUUUGGCGCAUCAUCAACUUCUAUUGCUGGGAGUACAAGUGCGCCUAUGGUUUUUGGAUCAUCCAACAGUGCCUCAUCAAGUUCCAUUUUUCCAUUCACUUUGGUAGCAGCUGCUACUCCGUCACCACCUGCAUUCGGUAGCAGUACUUCCGGAUUUGCAUUUGGUUCAGCUCCGACCAGUAAUAAUGACCAAAUGGAAGACAGCAUGGCAGAGGACACGAUUCAGGCAACCACACCUACGUUGUCAGUAUUUGGUCAACAACCAGUAACCCCAUCGUCAUCUGGGUUCAUUUUUGGGGCAACACUUCCUUCAGUAUCAAAUCCUUUCCAAUUUGGAGGCCAACAGAAUAUAUCCGCCCCACAGAACCCAUCUCAGUUCCAGACUACAUUCCAGCCCUCCAGUAGUCUGCAAUUUAAUGCUGGCGGGAGCUUCUCUUUGGGCAGUGGUGGUGACAAGUCUACCAGAAAAUUUGUGAGAGUAAAGGGCAAACCGCGGAAGAACAAUUGUGGUGCCGGCAAGGAGAUAAAGAAAGCUCUGAAAUUAUGCAGAGCCAUUCUGUCAAUGGGGCCAUUGGCAUUAAUGUUUAACCGAUUUUGUACUGGGUUAGCAAAUAUCAAACACUUGCACUGUAGUAGUAAUAUCAAACACUUGACGAAGCCACCCAGAAGCUUGAAUAUUUCAAUGUUCGCGGUGGAACCCAAAUACGACUACCUGUAUUGCGGGUCUCCGUUGUACGGGAACUUGAGCCCCCAAAGGGUGAGGGAGUGGAUAGCAUACCAUGUGAGACUAUUUGAAAAGAGAUCCUGUUUUAUCAUUUACGACGCUAGAAGGGUUCAUGAGGAGGUGUUGAAGGUGUUGAAGCCGUGGAUGGAGCUGGGGUACGUGACGCUGCAGGACGUAAGGGAUCAGGAGAGGUUUGAUGGGUACUACCACAAUCAGUUCAUGGUGGUGAACGAUUGCCUGCACAGAUACAAAUUUAUGGCCAAAGAUUUCACGGACGUCGUGAACCCAAGACCUGGGUUCAUCGCGAACCUGCGAGCUGCGUUCCUCGCGAACCCAGGCUCUUGGGUUCGCCUGGAAGUAAAAGAAAAAAAAGGAAAAAAAUAACUGGAGGAAGGAGAAGCCGGGGAAGAAGAUGAGGGUAUAUCAGUAAUUAAACGUAAAAAAUUUAA